AUGGAGCAAACCAGUGCUUCCAAAGCACCACAGGCACAUCGGCGCGGCCAGGACAGAGACGGCUCCUCUGGUACCUCCUGCCCCCAGCCCGGUGCCAGCACGCUGUCCCUGUCACUGCCCCCACCGAGGAGCCUCCCUGUCCCCCCCAAAAGUUCUCCGCAGUUCACAGCGAAGCAGCUGGAGAAGCUCGCCAAAAAAGCUGAGAAAGACUCCAAAGCCGAGCAAGCCAAAGUCAAAAAGGCCCUUCAGCAGAAGAAUGUGGAGUGCGCUCGUGUCUAUGCGGAGAAUGCCAUCCGCAAGAAGAAUGAGGGGCUUAACUGGCUCCGUAUGUCUUCCCGGGUGGAUGCGGUGGCCUCCAAGGUCCAGACAGCAGUGACGAUGAAGGGGGUGACGAAAAACAUGGCCCAGGUGACCAAGGCCUUGGACAAGGCUCUGAGCUCCAUGGACCUGCAGAAGGUGUCUGCGGUGAUGGAUAAAUUUGAGCAGCAGGUUCAGAAUUUGGAUGUUCAUACGUCGGUCAUGGAGGACUCCAUGAGCUCCGCUACCACGCUGACCACGCCGCAGGAGCAGGUGGACAGCCUCAUCGUCCAGAUCGCAGAGGAGAACGGCCUGGAGAUCAUGGACCAGCUCAACCAGCUCCCCGAGGGAGCUUCGGCAGUCGGGGAGAGCUCAGUCCGCACCCAGGAAGACCAGCUGUCGCGGAGGUUGGCUGCCUUGCGGAAUUAA